CUCAGUUCAUCUCUAGAGGGAGCUGCUCCAGGGACCAUGCCGCCUCCUCAGGGAGGCAUGGAGUUCUGGGGUGCUCCUCACAGGACUCUUCCCUGCAGGAACAGAGGUGCCAUGCAGCCCCGGGUACUCCUUGUUACUGCCUUCCUGGCACUCCUGGCCUCUGCCCGAGCUUCAGAGGCCGAGGACACCUCCCUUGUCAGCUUCAUGCAGGACUACAUGCAGCACGCCACCAAGACUGCCAAAGACGCACUGAGCAAAGUGCAGGAGUCUCAGGUGGCCCAGCAGGCCAGGGACUGGGUGACCGAUGGCUUCAGCUCCCUGAAAGACUACUGGAGCACCAUUAAGGGCAAGUUCUCUGAGUUCUGGGAUUCGAGCCCGGAGAUCACAACUCUGGCCGAGGGUGUCUGAGACCUCAACUCCACAAGUCCACCUGCCUGUCCAUCCUGCCAGCUCCUUGGGUCCCGCAGUCUCCAGGCUGCCCCCACAGGUUGCUUAAAAGGGACAAUACUCUCAUUGCCCUCCCACUCCCCAUCAUGCCUGGCCCCCUCCAGGCAUGCUGUCCUCCCAAUAAAGCUGGACAAGAAGCUGCUAUGA